GCACCAUCGAGCACGAACACCUCGCAGUUGAGUCGUGCGUUCCCAGCGUCGCCAUUGCACCGAAAGGACCCAGCGACCAAUGCAAAACGCCUGCCGACCUUAACAAAGCACGACAGUGCGAAGACGCGGUGAAAAUCGGCCGCGCGCGCGGACACCAGCACGUGUGGCGCUGCAUAUGAGCGCAGCGAUGCAUUUCACACCGUGCGCGCGCGCCCACGGCACUUGCCGCGGUCGCCGCGCUGCCCUCGCGAAGCAACGCGCUUGUUUUGCAAGCGACACCGCGCAUUCGCGGCCGCGCGCGCGGCCGAGGCGACCGACAUACUAAUGUCAACAACGCCACGCGCCACCGGCACGCGACGCGGCGCCGCCGCGGCCAUCACGGUGGCUGUGCCGAGCAUUACGCACACACUGCACGCUCGACGCGCCCGACAUCCACAUUCAACAACGCCACCGCCGCCCGCAGACACAAACAACACAAUGCACUCCAAGCUCCUCCUCGCCUCGACCUUCGGCGCCGCCGCGGCCUUCCAGGCCCCGGCCGCCUCCAAGGCCACGUCGUCGCUCCAGGCGAUGUACAACCCUUCGUCGUUCGACGACGUGCAGUCGCUCCCGGGCAUCCUGAACCCGACGGGCUUCUUCGACCCGGCGGGCCUCUCGAACGACGUCUCCGCCUCGGAGCUCAAGCGCUACCGCGAGGCCGAGCUCACGCACGGCCGCGUCGCCAUGCUCGCGUCGCUCGGCUUCCUCGUCGGCGAGUCGGGCUUCACGCCCCUCUUCGAGGGCAAGAUUUCUGGGAUUGGCAUCAACCAGUUUUGGCAGGUGCCGACGGGCUUCUGGCCGGUCAUCCUCCUCUUCAUCGCCGUGCCGGAGACGUUCCGCGCGCUCCGCGGCUGGAUGGAGCCGACGGUGCCGGAGAACUACUUCCAGCUCCGCCCGGGCUACACCCCCGGCGACCUCGUCCCGCGCAGUGCCGAAACCUACCUACUGUGCGGUGUUUGUUUGUUGUGAUGUUGUCGUCAACGUCGACCUGUCGACAUGUGAUGUGUCGCAUCGAUGGCGUGUGUCGCGCGUUGUUUGUGUGUUGUGACGUUGUUCGUGUGUCGCGCUUGUUUGUCGUGGCUCGAAGAGAGAGAGAACUCGUCUCGCGACUCACCCGGGCGGUUUCGCGCGCAGGACUUCGAUCCCCUCGGCCUCAAGCCCGAGGACCCCGAGGCGCUCAAGGAGAUGCAGACCAAGGAGCUCCAGCACGGCCGCCUCGCCAUGCUCGCGGCCGCCGGCAUGAUCGUCCAGGAGCUCCAGACGGGCGCCACGCUCUUCUAAGCGCGUACGGAGACGGCCCGGCCGCGUCUGCCAUGGACGCGCCCCGCCACCAAGUUUUCCUGCCCCAAUAGCUGAUGGGCCACGCGCGGUCGAUGGGCCGCGCCUCGCCCCCGCUCUGUCUCGAUUAAUAUGUGAGUCCACUUCA